GGGUUGUUUGUGUUUUCCUUUAUGAGCAAACGAAGAUGAUUGACAACUUAGAGUGCAAUGGAUCUGUGUCUGGACAGGACAUUUGGGCAGAGAUUUGUCCAUGCCCGGAUGGAGCCCAACCUUUACAUGUCACAGAGGCUUUUUCUGACUCAUUCCUGUGCAAUCCUCCUGAGGGAAAUACUGAUAAGGAAUUGCAGAAUUCUGAGUCUCCUGAUAUGGAAAUUGAUUCCCUCUGCACUAACCAAAAGCCUUGGGCUCCAUUACAAGACUCUGAGGUUUAUCUUGCUUCCCUAGAACGAAAGCUGCAGAAGAUUAAAGGACACUCACGAGAAGUUACCUCCAAAGAAAUGCUGCACUCGCUUGGACAGGCUAAGAAAGAAUCGUGGGACAGGUUCCUGCAGGAGAAUCUGGAAUCUGAAGCAUAUGUGGAAGACUGUGAAGUGGAUUACAGCUCACUGGAACAUCUAAGAAGGUGGCUGCAGCCAGAGAAGGUUGCCAUAAACACAGAGGAGGUGCAGCAUCUUAUUCCAGCAGAAUCUCUAACAGAGAAAGCAGAAAAUGAGCAGGACUCUACAUCUCCAGAAAAAUGAGAUCCUCCAAAUCAAAAAAUGGCCUGUGGUGCCAUUGUUUGGGACCACAUCAUAAGCGUAGAAAAGAAGCUGCAUCAGCGAGUCAGGAGACUUGCACUAGUGACCGGCUCAUACCUCAUGUGCAGAGUCUGUAUAAAAAGUCAUAAAUGAAAAGCCAUGUAUAACCAGAUUGUUCUGUCUACGUACAAUAGUGUAACUACAAGCGCGUGGUCCCCAAACACCCAUGUCAUGUACAGUUUCCUUCUCUCUCCCCCAGUAUCAACUCAUGUGUCUCAAGCCCACUAUGUAGAAUUAUUUGUUUAUUCCAAUGCACAAUAUUUUUAAAAAUGUAUAAAUGGAAAAAAAUUACAUUUUAAAAAUUAAUCAGAACUUUUGUAAGUGAACCCCCAUAUCUCUCCUAAUGUUUUUUUUUUUACUCCUGCACUCCUAUCAGGGAAAUGCUUUGAUAUCUGCUGACCCUCUAGUGCUAGGCCCAUACUUUUCUCACAUGGUUUAGGUUAUGGCACAGUAGUAUACUUUAUAUACAUAGCAUACAGAGCAGUCGGGGAUGCCCGGAGUUAUAGUUCGACAGGUUGCAGGUUGUGCAUCUCUUAUUUACAUAAUAUCUUCCCUUAAGAUCAGAGGCCCAAUCUUCUUGAAACCCUCAUUUCAAACCCAAUCCAUCCAUGUAAAAUAAAAGAUAUGUUCUACUUAA